AAAGGACUUCCUGUGUUCCCUAGAUGGCGCUGGAGAGCAGCCGGUGACUAUACGGCUGUGUUAAAAACGGCACGCAUCAGGAACCAUCCCACUUCCUGUCUGUGAAAAAUUCCCUGACUGUGGGGAGAGGAUAUAAACCUUGCACGCUACGACAGGAAGGCAGAAAGACACUCACAGCCUAACUGCUUUACCAAACACAACAACACUCUAUUGGCCUUAACAGAUCUUGCUUAAUUAAGAAAGAUAUGGAAGCCGAGAUGAAAUACAAGAUCCCCAAGAUGCCUAAGGGACUGGACUUGGAGUUUACCCAUCAUCCACUGACAAUGAGGCGUGUGGUCAACCUCAUCGUCGCCAUAGAGAGGUUUAAGGGCAGCAGAUGCAUUGACUCUGAAAACCUGCUCAACUUCAUGCUGGAGAGCUUAGUGGAAGAGCAUAUAGUGUUUGAGCGCAGCUCAGCUCCACCACCACAGUACGUCAGGACGGACGAACAACUGUACAGCGUGACUGACAGCAAAAAGAGGAGCUUAAUUCUGGUGGAAAACAGCAUGGAGCUUCACGCAGUGAUGCUGCAGGGAGGCGCCGAGAACCGCAAAGUUCACCUGAACAUGUCGAACUACGUGCACCCUGCACCUGUCACUGAGGCCAGAACUGUGGCUCUGGGCAUCAAAGACACAGGUUACUACCUGUCUUGCCAGAAGGAUGGUGACAAUCCAACCUUGCAUCUGGAGGCCGUGGACAAAGAGAAUCUGUCGAGUAUCAGCUCGGACAGCGACAUGGUGCGAUUUCUCUUCUACAAACAGGACACCGGGCUGAACCUCAGCACCCUCGUGUCUGUUGCCUUCCCCGACUGGUACAUCAGCACAGCAGAGGAUAACAACAAGCCGGUGGAAAUGUGCCUAGAGGCCUCCCAACGCCACCGAACCUUCAACAUCCAGCGUCAGAGUUGAAACCUGCAUGCCAGGGACAUCCUAAGUGAAAUGUGGAUCUGCAUCUGUGGGUCAAGUUUGACUCUCUUAAGACGGUACUUUGGGUAUUGAACAAAGUGUAAAUAUAUACUGCACAUCAUCUAUUUUGAUUCAAAAAAAAUCAAAAGACUUUUUUAUUUAUUUAUUAUUAUUAUCUAUUUACUGUAUGUACCAAGUACAGAAAGAGAAAUACUUAGUGUAUUGACAUAGUCAAGUUUCACCAUAAGGUGGCAUUAUUGUGCUGUCUGGUGAGUAUCCUGUGUAUUUAUAGUGCAGAAGGACAUGAUACACUGUAUCUGCUUUUAUCUGUUCAUUUAUUUAUCUAUUUAUGUACCAUUUUAAUGUAUAUUUUUAUAUUGAUCUGCUUACUAACAAUUAUUUAAAGAUGUGCAGUGCAUUUUCAAUAAAUCUUUAUGACUUAA